GCGGGUGUUUGUUAAGCGCACGGCGCCUGCGCAGCUGGCGGCCCAGUGGGAAUUUGGUCCAAGAGUCCAGACUCCAAAAGUUCUAGUAGGCGCUGGUUACUGCUGGCGGUUCCAUAGCAUACUUGCCCUUCUGGCAUCGGUUUCUGUGGUGGGCUGUUGCAAGCUACAGGGAUGUCGAGCGCUGUGCUGGGAAGGAAGAGCUGCAACAUGUGCCGUCUCAGAAGUGUGUACUACUCGGCUUUGUCCAACAGCAUCGGCUCCCCCCUCGUUCCCCUUUGCCGCCCCCAGCGCUUGCGUCUUCCCAACUGCCCUGGCAGCUUCAGGGGACUGCGGCAACAGGGAAGCGGUCCCCGGCAAGGUGCUGAGAUUGUGAAGCCACUGGAUGGUGUGAGGAUUCUUGAUCUAACAAGAGUACUUGCUGGGCCUUUUGCCACCAUGAAUCUGGGAGACCUUGGAGCUGAAGUUAUUAAAGUGGAAAAGCCAGGAGCUGGGGAUGAUACAAGAUCAUGGGGACCACCCUUUGUUGGAACGGAAAGUUCUUAUUUUCUCAGUGUAAACAGAAAUAAAAAGAGUAUUGCUGUAAAUAUGAAGAACCCUAAAGGAGCAAAUAUACUUAAAGAGCUUGCAGCUGUCUGUGAUGUUUUUGUGGAAAACUAUGUCCCUGGAAAACUGGCUGAAAUGGGCUUGGGGUAUGAAGACAUUAUCAAGAUUGCUCCCCAUAUUGUUUACUGUUCAAUAACAGGCUAUGGUCAAACAGGUCCAAAGUUUCAGAGAGCAGGCUAUGACUCUGUUGCAGCCGCUGUUUCUGGCCUCUUGCAUAUCACAGGGCCUGAGGAAGGCGAACCAGUUAGACCAGGAGUAGCUAUGACUGAUCUUGCUACAGGACUAUAUGCAUAUGGAGCAAUUAUGGCUGCACUUCUUCAGAGAUAUAAAACAGGGAAGGGAAUGCAUAUUGAUUGCAAUCUGUUAUCAUCUCAGGUUGCUUGUCUUACCUAUAUAGCAAGCAAUUUCCUAAAUUGCAAAACGGAAUCCAAACGAUGGGGCACUGCUCAUGCAAGUAUUGUUCCUUAUCAGGCUUUCAAAACUAAGGAUGGGUACAUUGUGGUGGGAGCUGGAAAUGAUCAACAGUUUGCCACUGUUUGCAAGGUUCUGGGUUUACCUGAAAUCAUCGGUGAUUCUAGAUAUAAAAAUAACCAGCAGCGUGUGGCAAACAGGAAAGAGCUUGUUGAAAUUCUAUCAGCCAGGUUUUUGGAAAAAGAGACCACCAAAUGGCUAGAGCUCUUUGAAGGUUGUGGUGUCCCAUAUGGUCCAAUCAACAGUAUGCAGCAGGUGUUCUCGGAUCCUCAGGUUCUGCACAAUGGGCUUGUUAUGGAGAUGGAUCAUCCAACAGCAGGAAAGAUUGCUGUUCCAGGCCCAGCUGUAAGGUACAGCCAGUUUGGAGUGACCAAGCCAAAAAACCCUCCUCUUGUUGGUCAGCACACAGUUGAUGUACUGAAGGGUACUCUGGGAUAUAAGGAUGAUGUCAUACAGGAACUGCUGAGCUCUGGAGUUGUAGCUCAGUAUGAACUCAUGUGACAAGAUCUGGCUUCCAUCUCUAAUGGAGAAGAAGAAACUAACUAGGAUCUCUUCCAUUUUCACAAUCUGCUGUUGGAGAUAUGAUUACAUUCUUAACAUGAUUUUGUCAUAAUCAAAAGCAUAGCUGGAUCCAAAAUAUCAACCUGCAAAGUUUUAGAAAUAAUCUACUUUUGCUACCUGACAGGCACAACUAUAUAUUUUUGUAAAAUCCAAUUGCCAAAUCCCUGAAUGGCUAAUCACUUCUCAGAUUUGAUUUUAUCUAGUAAAUGUAGUCUUUAUCAUAACAGUAAUAACUUGCAAAGUAGAUCUACAUAAAGUGUAAUAGGUUUUCUUUCUGUUUUAAAAAUAACAUUUCAUAUACCAAAAACAUGUAACAAACUAAGGCUGCAAUGGGAGAGGGAAGAGAUGGCCAGGGGAAAGGGGAAAUUAAGGAAUGGGUGAGAGGAAAACAAGAAAAUAAAUCAGGUUUUAAUAAAUCAUCCAAGGUUUUAUGGUGUGUGCCCUGCCCAUGAGUUCCACAACAGCAAGCUGCCCAAAGGUCUCUGUGUAGUGCCAGAUAGCAUGGUAAGUGUCCUCUUGCACUGGUCUUUAAAUGCAAUCUUUUUGCAUUGGACAGCACAGUAGAUAGAUCCUCAGUCAACUGGAUCAAGAGGAUGUGUUGACCUGUGAGGUGUUUGGCAGCCAGUGCUACAGUCAGAUAAUUGCAACCCUUAGAUGCUCCAGUGUAGGCCUGAAUUGAAAUGUCCCUCCUAUUGUUGCUGUUAUUUUCAUAGGAGGCAAAAAUGAAUAAAUAAACCAGUACUGAGAUUCCAAAUUAAAAUCCAUCAUACAUUCCAUGA